AUGCGAAAGUACGACUGUCCGUCGAUCAGGGGCUACAACGUCUUUCCACCGCCGCGGAGUGAGGCGGACGAUGAGGACGAGGAUUCUGCACGCGUCUCCCUCCUGCCCUGGCUGAACGCCUCAUGGAUUGAACUGACGCCC